AUGAUUCCUAGGAAUAUUUCAGAUUUUGAGUUCUUGUGUGUGAUAGGGAAGGGUACAUAUGGUAUAGUGUACAAAGCGCUGGACAAGGAAGAAAAGAAAUUGGUAGCAAUAAAAAAAAUUAUAAAUUUGUGCGAUGAUAACUAUGGUAUAAGUAAAAGCAUCCUAAGGGAGUUAACAAUCCUUCAGAAGAUUAACCACAAAAAUAUUAUAAAAUUGAAAUAUAUUUUUUAUGGGAAAGAUAUAGAGGAAAAAUUGAAGGGUGAAAAUUUAGAGAAUUCUUGUUUAUAUUUGGCAUUCGAGUACUGUGAUAUUGAUUUACUCAAUUUUGUGAAAAAAUAUAACAUGAACAUUAGGGAAGUAAAAUAUGUGAUCUUUGAGUUGCUACUAGCCACGUGUUAUUUGCACUCAAAUAAUUACCUACAUAGAGAUAUAAAACCUGAAAAUAUUUUUAUAAAUUCAAGUGGGGAAAUUAAAUUAGGAGACUUAGGAUUAUCAGUUGAAAAAACUGAAAACAUGACUCCAACAGUUGUAACACGCUGGUAUAGAUCACCUGAAAUUAUACUUCAAUCACAAAAUUAUGAUCACAAGGUAGACGUGUGGAGUUUGGGUUGUUUAUUUUCAGAACUCAUAACUGGAAGACCGCUCUUCCCAGGGAAGAAUGACGAAUCGCAGCUAGAUACAAUUUACGACACUCUUGGCGAUAAAUCCAAAAUGGAGAAUGUGGAUGAAGAACGGUACAACAUGUUUCCAUAUUUUGAAACCAAUAUAUUAAAAAAUAUAAUUUGUGAUGAAGGAGCUGCGGAUUUAAUUUCCAAAAUGCUGAUCUAUGACCCAACUUACCGUAUAUCUUCAAAAGAAGCCUUAAAGCAUCAUUGCUUCAAUGACAUGGAACAGAUAAAACCACAAGCCAUUGUGUAA